UCUUAAAGCUUAAGUCUUAAAUUCUUAUUGUAAACGACGCCUUAAAGUAAAAGAAAAAAUUCCUGCUGGUAUUGUAUCAUGUGUGAAAAUGUGACAAGAAACUUUUGAUUUUGCAGUAGUUAUUUAGAAUCUUGAUAAAUCUUUCUUGAUUAUCCUGAAGAGACAAAGUGUAAGAAAUAAUUGCAACAAUAUGUUGUCACAUCCCACAAUAUUUAAUAUUACAAGAAACAUUUCUACAUCAAGCUCUAUGAAUCAGAUAAUAAAAAUGUCUCGAUUAAGAGUGGUGGAUAACAGUGAAAUUGGAAAAAAAGCUAUGAUGGAAGGUAAACCACCGAAGUGCAUACAUGUCUAUAAUAAAAGAGGAGUUGGCAUGAUAGGUGACAAAGUUUUAGUUGCAAUAAAAGGUGAGAAGAAAAAGGGCAUAUUAGUUGGAUUGAAAAAGCCUCAGAAUCCUAAAGUUCCUAAGUUCGACAGCAACAAUUUAGUGCUCAUAGAUGACAAUGGGACACCUUUAGGUACAAGAAUACAAGUGCCCAUCCCACAUAUACUCAGAACAAUAUUGAAAGAGAAAACUCAUAGUAAAGGAGCAGAUUAUACCAAACUACUAGCAAUUGCAUCCAGAUAUGUGUAAUAUAUCUUAUGUGUAUAUACAAGAAAUUAAAGAACGUAUCUCACAAAA